GUUGACCGAACAGAUCAGGUGCUCUUGAUGACCAAGUCUAGAACAGCCUCAUGCUCUGAACUAAAAAAUGCGAAGCUGGGAUACGAACAGCUGAAGCUUACGCAUGUUAAAUCCGAGACGGUGAUUCCGAAAUGCUCCUUCCCGGCGACGUUGGCGGGAACGUGGUACAACACGGCCAACUACGACUCGACCGUCAUUAUCAACAGAACGCACAUACACGAGAUCAGUCAACCGGACCAGAGCGCUCCCGAAGAUCUCUACUACGUCUGUCAGGAGUCGAGAGACACUCGCUUUCUCAUCGCGAAACUCGGAAUCGGUGGCUGCCAACUCGACUACAUGUGCUUCGACAUCUUAGAACGCCAUCACAACGUGAUUCAGUUUAGACAGGGCCGCCUUUUCCCGAAUAGCGACUUCCGGGCAGUCUGCGCAUGGUCAGCAUUCGACAACGACGCUCAUUGGCGAUACAGCAUACUCGUCAACGCCAACCCAGUCGCAGUCCCGUGCAGCAUUCGCGGCAUUUUCGAAUUCGAGCAGUACGGGAAUAGCAAGCUUAUAGUCAGAGACGGCGUAACAAAAACGCCGUGGGAUCCUGAAAUCAACUGCACAAGUUGGCACACGGAGUUAAGGAUCUGCCCUAAUGCUCCGGACACCAUGAUGAUCAACAUAAACAAGUGUAAAACACUGGACUACCGAGCACGCGAAGUCAACUUCAAAUACGAAAUCGUCGACUACAAAUGGCGCUGCUUGGCCUAUUGGAACGAGGACACAUUGGCUAUGAUGUACACAUAUGACAAAGAUGAUGCUUACUCAAAGUAUCGAUGUUGGGUAAUACUUCGCGAUAGUUACGGACAGUUUACGCUCAGCCGCUCGCAUAGAAGUGCUUGCGGAAGGUUUCAAACGGAGCGUGCUGACAGCGACGGUGUUAGUCUACAGCUCGUACUGCGCGACUCAGAAAGAAUAUACGACAACUGCCCCGUGCAUUACUACGACGGCACGAAUCCCAGAAAAGACCAGCUGUUCCUGACCGUAUUACAAGCAGGCGUCGUGGCACACACGGGGAACGCGUGGGCACUUAUUCUGUUGUUGAUCAUCAGCUACGCACUUGUAUCGGACACAAACUAA